AUGAGUUCUUCCUUAUCAGAAACCAGAAGUUCUUCCUCAUCACUAACCAGAAAUUCCUCUUCGUCACUAACCAGUAGUUCUUACUCAUCACUUACAAAAACCAGAAGUUCUUCCUUAUCAGAAACCAGCAGUUCUUCGUCAGCAGUAACCAGUAAUUCUUCUUCAUCACUCACCAGUAGUUCUUCCCCAUCUCUAACUAGUAGUUCUCCCUCAUCAGUAACCAGCAAUUCAUCAACAUCAGUAACCAGCAGUUCCUCGUUAACAGAAACCAGGAGUUCUUCCUCAUCAUUAAACAAUAACUCUUCCCCAUCUCUAACCAGUAGUUCAUCUUCAUCAUUAACCAGCAGCUCUUCCUCAUCAUUAACGAGUAGUUGCCCCUCACCAGUAACCAGCCGUUCUUUCUCAUCAUUACUCAGUAGUUCCCCCUCAUCAUUAACCAGUAGUUCUUCCUCAUCAGUAACCAGGAGUUCUUCGACAUCACAAGCCAGUAGUACUUCCAAAUUACUAACGAGUAGUUCUUCCCCAUCACUAACCAAUGCAUCUUCUUCAUCACUAAGCAGUAGUUCUUCCUCAUCAAUAAGCAGUAGUUCUUCUACAUCUGCAACUAGUAGUUCGUUGCCAUCAGAGAAAAGUAGUUCUAACCCAUCAAAAACCAGCCUUUCCUCCUCAUCAGUAACUAGUAGUUCUCCCCCAUCAGUAAGCAGUAGUUCAAACUCAUCACUAACAAGAAGUUCUUACUCCUCUCUAAGUAGAUCUUACUCAACACUAAACAGUAGUUAUUCCCCAUCACUUACCAGUAGUUAUUCCACAUUAUUAACCAGUAGUUCUUCCUCAUCACUAACAAGUAGUUCUUCACCACUAACAAGUAGUUCUUCCUCAUCAGUAACCAGUAGUACUUCCUCAAUACCUAGCAGUAGUUCUUACUCAUCACUAACCAGUAGUUCUUCCCCAUCUCUAACAAUCAGUUCGUCCUCAUCAGUAACCAGCAAUUCUUCCUCUUCAGUAAGCAGUAGUUAUUACUCAUCAGUUACCAGAAGAUCGUCCUCAUCAGUGACAAUCCGUUCUUCCUCAUCAGUAACCGGUAAUUCUUCCUCAUCACUAACCGGUAGUUCUUCCUCAUCAGUAACGAACUUCUCUUCUUCAUCAGUAACCAGUAAUUCUUCCUCAUCACUAGCCAGUAGUUAUUCCUCAUCAUUAACCAGUAGUUCUUCCUCAUCAUUAACCAGUACUUCUUCACCACUAACCAGUAGUUCUUCCUCAUCAGUAACCAGUAGUUCUUCCCCAAUAGUAACCAGUAGUUUUUACUCAUCACUAACCAGUAGUUCUUCACCAUCUCUAACAAGCAGUUCUUCCUCAUCUGUAACCAUCAUAUCUUCCUCGACAGUGACAAGCAGUUCUUCCUCAUCAGUAACUAGUAUUUCUUCCUCAUCAGUAUGCAGCAUUUCCUCCCAAUCACAAUUCAGAAGUUCCUCCAAGUCUCUGAAGAGCAGUUCUUCCCUAUCAGUAUUCAGUAUUUCUUCAUCACUAACUAGUAGUUCUUCCUCAUCAGUAACCAGCAAUUCUUCCUUAACAGCAACCAGCAGUUCUUCCUUAUCAGAAUCGAGCAGUUCUUCCUUAACAGAUACCAGCCGUUCUUCUUCAGCAGUAACCAGUAAUUCUUCUUCAUCACUCACCAGUAGAUCUUCCCCAUCUCUAACUAGUAGUUCUCCCUCCUCAGUAACAAGCAGUUCCUCGUUUACCAGAAACCAGGAUAGUUCAUCUUCAUCAUUAACCAGCAGUUCUUCCUCAUCAUUAACCAGUAGUUCUCCCUCAUCAUUAACCAGUAGUUCUUCCUCAUCAGUAACCAGCAGUUCUUCCUCAACAUUCUUCGUCAUCAGUAACGAGCACAUCUUCCUCAUCAGUAACAAGAAAUUCUUCCUCAUCAGUAACCAGUUAUUCUUCCCAUUCACUAAGCAGUAG